GGGCGGGCAGCACGGGCGGGGCGGAGGGAGGAGGAGGAGGGAGGUUCGCCGCGCCCAGGCUGCCGCUGCCCGAUGGCUGCGGGGAGCUGAGCGGGCUGAGGAGGAGCCGAGCCCCAGCGACACCCCCCUUCCUUGCCGCGGAUCCCUCCUUCUCGCCCGGCUCUGCCGCCUUCCCCGGGACCCGCCGGGCGCAGCGCGGGCGGCUCCCCCCGCUCCUCCUCCGCCGCCUCCUCCUCCGCCCCCCCUUCCCUUCCCUUCCCCAGGCCGGCGGGACGCGGGCAGGACCGCGGGCGGCGGACGGACCGGCCCGGUUCAUGAGCAUCGGCCGGCAGGGCAGAAUUUACAUGUUUGACAGCAGAAGUUGCCUUUCUACUGUAGUGAGAGAAAAUCUUUCUGGCUGUUCCCGAGGUGGCAGUGGAGCACACCUUUAGCACAGGAAAAUGAGUGAGCUGGACCAGUUACGCCAGGAGGCCGAGCAACUGAAAAACCAAAUCAGAGAUGCUAGGAAAGCAUGUGCAGAUGCCACACUGGCUCAGAUCACAGCCAACAUCGACCCCGUGGGGAGGAUUCAGAUGCGCACCAGGAGAACGCUCCGGGGACACCUGGCCAAAAUUUAUGCAAUGCACUGGGGGACUGAUUCCAGGCUUCUAGUUAGUGCCUCCCAGGAUGGCAAACUUAUAAUUUGGGACAGCUAUACUACAAACAAGGUGCACGCCAUCCCCCUGCGCUCCUCCUGGGUCAUGACUUGUGCAUACGCUCCCUCUGGGAAUUACGUGGCUUGUGGUGGGCUGGACAACAUCUGCUCCAUCUAUAACUUGAAAACUCGUGAAGGGAAUGUACGUGUGAGCCGGGAGCUCGCCGGGCACACAGGCUACUUGUCCUGCUGUCGUUUCCUGGAUGAUAAUCAAAUCGUCACCAGCUCUGGCGACACCACUUGCGCUCUCUGGGACAUAGAAACUGGUCAGCAGACAACCACAUUUACUGGGCACACUGGAGACGUGAUGAGCUUGUCCCUCGCUCCCGACGCCCGGUGUUUCGUUUCUGGUGCCUGCGACGCCUCUGCCAAACUGUGGGACGUGAGAGAAGGAAUGUGCCGGCAAACCUUCACCGGCCACGAGUCGGACAUCAACGCCAUCUGUUUCUUCCCCAACGGCAACGCGUUUGCCACGGGCUCGGACGACGCCACGUGCCGGCUCUUCGACCUGCGGGCCGACCAGGAGCUGAUGGUCUAUUCACACGACAACAUCAUCUGUGGCAUCACCUCUGUAGCAUUUUCCAAGAGUGGCCGUCUGCUCUUAGCUGGGUAUGACGACUUCAACUGCAACGUGUGGGACACGCUGAAAGCUGAUAGAGCAGGUGUCCUCGCCGGUCACGAUAACCGUGUCAGCUGCUUAGGUGUGACUGAUGAUGGCAUGGCAGUGGCAACAGGAUCAUGGGACAGCUUCCUCAAGAUCUGGAACUGAAGUAGAACUCGAGGACUCCACGACUGGAAGAAGUUCCCAACAAAAUUAAACACGAUAGCAUAUCCAAUCCAACCAUACUAACUCGGACCCCCAUCCUCCCCAACUCAAAGGGCAAGAUCUUCUCCGUCUCCUGUUGCUGAAAUGAAGAGCACAAUUACCUUUCCAAGAAGAAUUUCUGUGUUGUAAGCAAAAUGAAAUUGUGCAUUCCUUUUGGGACCACUUUUUUUUUUUUUUUUUUUUUUUUUUUCUUUUUUUUUUUUUUUUUUUUUUUUUUUU